UGAAAGAAAGAAAGAAAGAAAGAGAGAGAGUGUGGGGAGAGAGAGAGACAAGUGCGCUUUGCUGCUGCUACUGCAUCACUUUUGUUAGACACGGAAAGACAUGGCGACUGGCAAGACGAACAAACUACUGCCAGUUGGUUCAGACAGCCAUUCGACUGCUGUUGUCGACAUGGACCUCUGCCCAAUCUGUCUGGACGAAUUCAGAGACCCCCGUGUCUUACCUUGCCAGCAUUCAUUUUGUAUGCAGUGCCUACAAAACCACGUUGACAGUCACAAAAGUGACAUCUUCCGCAAGGGAGUGUUCCACUGCCCCUCAUGCAGGGCUCUCACUUACCCUACUUACAAAUUUAAACCGGUUUCAGAAUGGGGUCGUGCUUUUCCACAGAACCAUCACUUGAUAAAUUUACUUUCACUUACAAAAGCAACUGAAGGCUGUAUCUUUUGUGAGUCUUGUCUGAAGCAGAAAAGACGACGACUGGCCAAUUUCUGGUGUAAGCCGUGUUGUGAAGGGCUGUGUUCAAACUGUUCCAACAAGCAUGCCUCAAAGAAAGAUCCUGUGUCUAUGGAACAUCAAGUUUUAACCUUGAGUUCUGCACUUUCUCAAAUUCCUUCUGGACCAAGUUGUCCUCUCCAUAGUUCCAAAGAAAUGGAACUCUUUUGUACCAAGUGUGAGCAAAUGAUAUGCUGCUUAUGCUUUUUCGAUAUGCACCGUAAAUGCGACAGCUAUGUUCAUUCCUUACUAACCGUCUAUCCAGACAAACGAGGGGCUGCAGAAACAAGCCGUUUGAACCUUGCUGCUAAAAAGAAACAAGCUGAAGAAUUAGUGAAAGAAGUUCUAAAAGAGAAAGAGAAAGUAACUGUUAGCAUGCAGGAAAUAAAAAGAGAGAUUUGCAACAUUCGUCUGAAGAUUGAGAAAGUUCUAAAAGAGAAGGAAAAUGAGAUCUUUUAUGAUCUUGUUCAGUUGCAUGAUGAUCAGCAGAAUUACUUGGAUGGUCUCCUUGGUCAAGCACGUGAUAUGGUUGAUUCAGUUUCUCGACAUCUUUCCACGCUUGACUGUGCCUUGGAGUCAUCGUGUUCUCAAUUCAUGAACAUUUACCAGAACAUGAGUCCUGAUUAUGCGCUUCAACUUCCACAACCAAAACGGUUACACCACAGCCUCAGAUUUUCUCCAAACCAGAAAUACUUUAACCUGUUUCGAGAGUUUGAAAUACACAAGUUUGGAGAAGUCUCUUUAACAUAUGAAAACAAGUUGGAAAGUGCUACCGAUUAUACAAACGUUUCUCCCAAUAUUUUCCUUGAGGCAGAUGGUGUAGAAAGCAGUUAUGAAGUUAUACAACAAAUUAAAGACAAUCAUACAAAAAGAUCUGAACAUUUAGAAAAUUUUCUUAGACCACUUGAACCUGUUAAACUGAAUCAAUUUCCAGCAACUCUAGCAGAUGAAACUGAUUAUAGAUGCUUUGGACAAAUAGUCAGUCUGCCAAAUGGUCGGCUAAUAGUCACAGACAGUGUAAAUCAUACAAUAAAGCAGUUUAAUCGAGAAGGCCAUCUUGUUGGCUGUUUAAAAACUGUAGGUCAACCGUUUGGAAUUUGUGUUUGGUCCAACAGUGAAGUGGCUAUUACUUUUCCAUACUCAUCUGAAAUCCGCCUUGUUCAACAUGUCAACAUGGUACUUCCAUGGUCUUGGCGUCCCUUAAAGACAGUCUAUAAGUACCGAGGGGUGGCAGCCACUAAGGACAAGAGACUUGUAUGCAGUUCAUUGGAUUCUCUUUCAGCAGACAUUCUCACCGUUCAUUCCGAUCAUACUGAUGUCGUACAACAUAUUGAAAUGGCUUUUCUUUAUCCUGAAGUAAUUUCAUCUGUUGGAUGUCUAACCAUUACUACGGAAGACGAUAUUUUAAUUGUCGAUCAAGAUAGCAAUUGUUUGGUGUGUAUAGAUUUAAAAGGAAGGUUAAAGUUUGUUUUCCGUGGCAGCAGCAGCCAUUGUAAUAUCUGUAUGUGUGGUGUUUUUGGUAUUUCAGCUAACAAUAAGUACAUAUAUUUGGCAGACACUUGGAAAUCCAGAGUAAUUCGGCUCUUCAAAGAUGGCCAGUUUGAUAAAGUGCUUCUCAGUGUCCAGAAGUUUAUUUUACGCCCCCAAUCAGUAGACGUGACUUCAGAUGGGAAACUCUUGGUACUUGAACGCAGCCCCAUGUUCUUCGUUCACAUAUUUGAUUCUGUGUUAUAAGAGAGAGCAAACUUAGUGAUAAGUGUUUUUUGUAUAUAUUAACUGUUAUGGAACUGAGAAUUUUGUUGAAGUCUUUUUUUUUUUCUAAUAUGAUGAAUUUUAGAAUUUUAGUUCCAAUGUUUAUUUUAAGUGAAUACCAAUAUCUUGGAAUAUUUUGCCAAAUAAUAUAGAGAAAAUAUAUUAUAAUGCAAAAGUACUUCCAAAUACUGACAGAAAACAUUUUUUUUUAGACAUUUUCAUCUUUGUGUAUAUGUGUGUGUGUGAGUGUGUGAACAUGUCUAUAUAUAAACAAAUUCAAUCUCAUCUUCAAAAUAUGCACAUAGUUUUGCAAACUAUGACACUUGGUCACAAAACAAAUUGUUCAAAAUGUUGUUUUGCCCAAAAUAAAGUGGAUGAGAUAAGGAAGAUGAGGUUAAGAUUGAAAAUUUGUUGUCACCACGACCACCUCGUCUACUACUAUUACUACUAAUAAUAAAUUCAUCAAAAAAAAUUUAGACGUUUAGUUUCAGAUAUGUUCUCAUCCUCAGUUCGAUAAAACACAAAACACCCACCAGCAAUUUACAGUACCAACUGCUGUAACAAAAUCUGCUAAAA